CAUCGGCGACGCGCGCUCGCGAAGAUGAGGGAGGAGGUCGAUCUCAUCGAGGAGAUCGACGUCAACUCCGUGGAAUGCCUCAACAGCGCGACCGGGAAGGACUGGGGCAACUGCGUGAAGCAGGGUUACCGCGAGGACGCGCGCCUCCUCCUCACCUCGGACGACGACGAACAAAUCAUCAUGUCGCUCCCGUUCAAGCAGCUCGUGAACCUGACGUCGCUCGUCGUCGUCGGCCCGGACGACGACACGCGCCCGAAGACGGUGAAGUUGUUCGUCAACAAGCCGAACCUGUCGUUCGAUAACUGCGGAAAGAAGCCGGUCGCGACGAUCGCGCUCACGGACGCGCAGUCGCGCGGCGGCGAGCGCGUCGAGCUCGAAUACACCGACUUUCAGAACGUCAGGCGCGUUCAUGUUUACGCUGUGCUCGGCGUCUUUGUGGAGGACAACGUCGGCGGCGGCGACGUCACGAACGUGACGAAGAUCGUGCUGCAGGGGCACCCGGUGCAAACGACGAACAUGAGCGACCUGAAG